UUACCCUCGGGCAAAGUAAUGAUUUAUAUAAGGCCCCGGAGGAUAUUGUUUUCCGGAGUGGUCACUCCCUAAAUCCCGGCGAGGAGAGGGAGGAGUCCGACCGAGUCACGCCCCUUCUCCAGUAAACUCGGGAGGCUGCCAGCCCAGCGGCUGGAGUUUGCGGAGCGCGUGGUAGCCGCGCGCUCGAGCCUCGCCAUGGUGUCGGUGACGAGAGCCGUGUUUGGGGAGCUCCCCGCGGGGGCGGGCACAGUGGAGAAGUUCCAGCUGCAGUCAGACCUGCUCAGAGUGGACGUCAUCUCCUGGGGCUGCACGAUCACAGCCCUGGAGGUGCAAGACAGGCAGGGGAGAGCCUCAGACGUGGCGCUCGGCUUUGCCGGGCUGGAAGGGUAUCUCCAAAACAAGCCCUACUUUGGAGCAGUGGUUGGAAGGGUGGUCAACCGAAUCGCCAAAGGAACAUUCAAGAUCGAUGGGAAGGAGUAUCAUCUGGCCAUUAACAGGGAGCCCAACAGUCUACAUGGAGGAGUCAGAGGGUUUGAUAAGGUGCUCUGGACCCCUCAAGUGCUGUCAAAUGGCAUCCAGUUCUCACGAGUCAGUCCAGAUGGUGAGGAAGGCUACCCGGGAGAGUUAAAAGUCUGGGUGACGUACACCCUGGAUGGUGGGGAGCUCAUGGUCAACUAUCGAGCCCAGACCAGUAAGACCACGCCAGUCAACCUAACCAACCACUCUUAUUUCAACCUGGCAGGCCAGGGUUCCCCAAAUAUAUAUGACCAUGAAGUUACCAUAGAGGCUGAUACUUUUUUGCCUGUGGAUGAAAACCUGAUUCCUACAGGAGAAAUUGCUCCAGUGCAAGGCACUGCGUUCGACCUGAGAAAGCCAGUGGAGCUUGGAAAACACCUGCAGGCAUUCCACCUCAAUGGCUUUGACCACAAUUUCUGUCUGAAGGGAUCUAAAGAAAAGCAUCUUUGUGCAAGGGUGUAUCAUGCCGGCAGUGGGCGAGUGCUGGAAGUAUACACCACCCAGCCUGGGGUCCAGUUUUACACGGGCAACUUCCUGGAUGGCACACUGAAGGGCAAGAGUGGCGCCGUCUAUCCCAAGCACUCAGGGUUCUGCCUGGAGACCCAGAACUGGCCUGACGCAGUCAAUCAGCCCCACUUCCCUUCUGUGCUGCUGAGGCCUGGUGAGGAGUACAACCACACCACCUGGUUCAAGUUUUCUGUAGCUUAAGGAAGAUAUGACCUGGUCCAGGGCGGGGCUCACCAGCCUGUCUCCUGUCCAGAGAGGAGAUGAAGAUUGAGAAGCUUUAAAAGUGAUCCUGUAGGUUAGAAUCAUGCAAAUGGUAGUUGUCAGGAUAAUCAGUCAGAAUAUUGAUUUCCCUUUCCGAUGACUGGCUCCAGGCUGUGUUUAGUGACCAACUCUAUUCUCUGUACGGUUCAGAGGGCACGUGAACCCAACCACCAAUGCCGUCAUCUAAGCCCUGACCCUAGCCCAGCAAUGGUGCCAGGGACUCCUGUGCUGCUGUUGGCGCCAUCUCUCCACCCUGCCUUUUUCUUUUCAACGUUUCACCCUUCCUUUAUUUGACACUACUCUCAUUGCUUUUCUGUUUCCUCCUCGUCUACCCCAAACCUCCAUACUCUUAUGCAGCAGUCCGGAGUGUUCAGAGAUCAUAUGAGCUCAUUCGGCACACUCGCAGAUGGACCUCCCUUCCUCUAAGGCAGUACAUGAUUGACAAAUGAGGGACAGGCCUAGAGAGGUUGAGGGACCCACCACAAUCUAGCAAGUAAAAAUUUUAGCUGGGACUUGAGUCCAGUCAUGCAAAUUCAAGUCCCUUCUUUGCCUCUACCUCAGUCUGCCAGGGCAUUCCCGGGGCCAUGGAGGGGCUAAGAGGAGUCUGAGCCUUGCUCUAAAGGUCAGAGCCAGUCCUGCUUCUCAGACUCACUUUUAUAAGAAGCAUUAGGCUAAAUUGCACUGUCUCUUAGCUCUAGAGCUGGUCUGACAAACUGAAGAUCAAAAUGUCCACAAAGAAUCUGACCUUUAGAUUCUCUGCCUUUGGGGUUAACUGGGAAAGCCCAGCCUGGCCAAGGCACGAGAAGAAAGGCAGGCACUGGGGACACAGGAGCUGUGUUAGUGCGAGGAGACCGCCUCACCUUUCCCGGCACUGUGAGGAUUACACGUUGCACCAGCAGCAGUGGUCGUGUUGUGCAGACCAGGCUGGGGCUCUUCUUUCCUGGACAAUCAAAUCAACUGGGUUGAUUAUUUUUAAAGAAAUAUAUUUCAUACUAAUUUAUGCUACAGUCAUGAAAUAAAACCAAAAUCUACAUCUU